AUGUCUUACUCCAAGAUCCUCCUCAUCUCCGCUCUCCUGGUCUUUGCCGAGGCCCGCUUCGGCCAAGAGCAGACGCCCGUUGCGGCUGUCUCGAGCCUCCAGGCCGGUGCCCCGGGUGAAGCCGCCACUCUCGCCGGAGGCAUCCCCGGAUCCCUCCUCGCCGCCGCCAACCCCUGCGCGAAGCUCGAGCUCGCCGACAAGAUUGCCGCCCUCGGCACCGGCGACGACGUCCUCAAGGCCGCCAAGGGAGUCGUCGCCGCCGAGCAGAACUUCAACCCCUUCGCCACCGACAAGCCCAACAUCUGCGGCGACCCCUCGCUGCCCGCCACCGAGGCCCUCCGCGGCAUCGUCCCGCUCGUCGACCCGGCCGUCACCGGCUCCGAUAAGGAGAACGCCAACUCGGCCGCCUCGUUGACGAAACCGUUUGACGCCACCGGCAUGUCCGUGGCCCAGGUGAUGAUGGCCCAGGGCUUCUCCAACUUUACGGUCAACGGCCAGGCUGCUGGCGGUGCCGCCGGGGGUGCUGCGGGAGGCAAAGCUGGCGGUAAUGCUGGCGGUAAUGCUGGCGGCAACAACAACAACAACAACAACAACAACAACAACAACAACAACAACAACAACAACAGCAACUCCAGUGACGCCAAUGCUGGAAACAAGAACCAGAACAGCAACAACAACAACAACGCCAACGCCGAUGACAAUGCUGCGGAUGACGGCUGCGGUGGUGCUGCCGGUGGAAACACAGGCAACGCUGACACCCAGAACAACAACAACAGCAACAACAACGCUGGUAACGCCAACGCCAACACCGGUAACGCCAACACCGGCAACGCCAACACCGGCAACGCCAACACCGGCAACAACAACGCUGGUAACAACAACGCCGGUAAUGCCAACGCCGGCGGCGCCGCCGACUUUGGCAAGUGCAAGCCCACCAUCGACUUCCAGCUCGGCCGCGCCGGCCGCAAGGCGACCGAAGGAACCUUCCUCCCGAGCGACCCCCUCGUCGCCCAGGGCCAGCAGGACGCCCUGAACCCCAACAUCAUCAUCAACCGCGUCUGCGACCAGCUCACCAACGUCUGCGAGGCCAACGACGCCGCCAAGAAGCAGUGCAAGGACGCCCAGGCCCAGAUCCAGGCCUCGGGCGACCGCAGCGCCGCCGUCGCCGACACCUUCAACGGCCUCCUCGGCUUCUAA